GAGGACCGCCCACGACCCUCUUGUUUGAACGCAGACAUCUUUACUGGUGCUUCCAAUGUCCUAGAUGAAUCAGAACCUCACUCAAGCAUUCUACGCCUACUUCCAGGCUGCACAUUCUGAACUCGGAAAUCGCCUCGAGUCUUACACUUUGAAUAGAUGCGCACCUGAGGCCCUGGAUCAGCUGUCCUUGGACAUCGCAAAGCUGAGGAAGGAAUUGACGCAUGCUACUAGCUUCUUGCCCAGCUGUGAUCAGAGGCAGUGUGAUAUUAAAUUGAAGGAGCUUGAAGAGUCUCUGCAGAAGCUCCGAACCGCAUUAGCACCGAAACCAGAGUUCACUUCUAAACGCAAAGUGAACAAGCCAUCUAUCUCGCCCGUACCCUCAAACUCUACUCAAGAGCAAGUUCCUAAUGUGCUACUGUCAAGCAACACGAGCUCUCCCGCUGGUCUCCCUUCAACAAGUCUCAGCCUCUCAGGCCAUUCGCACGAAUACCUCACUUGUUCCUCAUUUCUUGCCUCCACGGCGGUCGACGCAUCCGAUCUCGCAAUAUCUGACCUCGCUCACUGCGUUGUCAACCUCCUUCCUUCAACCUCAGCAGACCUUCAAAGCAACCUCAAGAUCACCGUUCUCCAUGCCCGGAAUGUGCGCAAUUGCAUCCUUCUUCUACCUCAGAUCGAAGGCAGUGCACUUUUACACGAUCUCUCGAGAUGUAUCAUAGUUCUUAGAUGUCAUCAGUAUCGCAUGCAUACAUCAUCACAGACCGACGUCUACAUUGCGGUGUCUUCCAAACCAAUCAUAGAGCAUUCCACCAACAUCAGGUUUGCACUAUACCCUGCUCCUCUGCGGUCGUCUGACACUAAUCCGAUGGGCAACAACCUUUCCAAGCCAGAUUUCUCUCAUAUCCGGCCCACGCCCUCGCCGAACUGGGCCUUGCUGGCGGAGAACGAGAUGAUCAGGGAGAGCGACUGGCCAGUCCACGGAGACGUCGACGUAGAUGAAGUCUUGCGCAAGUUGCUACCUAGCGCCUAGUAUGUAGUAUUAAGUGUCAAACGUAUAAUGCAUUUCGUGCGCUGAGUGAGUGGAUGCUCAUGCUGAUGGUGGAGACUUUGGGUCGUAAUUUUCCCUUCCUGAGUCAACUGUAUAUCCCGGAGUUAUACAACAUGACGAGACCGCUUAACGAUAGAUGGCCGUGCCUCAUGUACCAUGAAAAGGUAUAUAGGGCUCCCCAAGGAAAAAAACGAAUGAGAUCCAACAUGACUACCGUGCCCGGCAAAUGAUCUCUCCCCCAAGGUUUAG